AUGGAUCCUGCAUCUGCAGGUGGUCUUGCAGUUGGGGUUGUCUCAUUAGCAUUUGAUGUGUUUGAUAAUUCUGUCAAGCUUUUCAAAUUUCUCUCCUCUAUGGUGGACAUGCCCAAAGAAUGCGAACAAUGUCGACUCCAACUUAUGAUUGAGUAUAAUCGGCUUCUCGCCUGGGGUGAGUCGGUGGGUUUGAUCGACGUUCCCCAAGGAUCACAUGUGGCUAUUAGUCUCGGAACGAAUGCGAUUGAGCUUUGUAGCAUCGUGUCUCGUAUAGGGUGGCUUCUUGGAGAGUUUCGAGACAUGAACGCCCGCUGGAAGAAUGAGCUGCAUCCGUUUCAAGAGAAUGACCAAGAAACAAGGGAGAGAACUGCCAGGGAUAUAGAUGUGGUUAAGGAGGUUUCAAGCCUGGCAGUUGCCUACGAGAAGGCCAAAGAAGAACGCAGACACCUUCGAGGAACGAACCACGUCAUCAAGUGGAUGUCUAAAGGAGCUGAGAAUGCCAGAGAGAUAAUCACGCAUCCUUUUCGGGUCCGGUGGGUGAUGGUGGACAAGGAGGCUUUCGAAGGAUUGCUUAAGGAUCUCCAUUUCCUCACUGAGCGUAUCCACGAGCUGAUGGGGGAAUACCGCGAGAACCGCAUUCAGGAAAUCACAUCCAAGACUUACCGCGAGAUAAUUCUUGCACGAAACGACAUCAAUGAGCUCAGAGAUUUGUUGGACGCUGUCACCAGUCUGCUCAAGGCUUCCGAGACCAACACGAACGCAAUUUGCCGCAAAGAGAAUGACGAGACACUCCAAGAUCUCCUGCGGUUAAAGGAAAUUAACUGCAUCUCUAAUGAGCUUGUGUUGCAGGUCGAGAACGACGCGGAUCUUGACAUCGAGAGGGAUCUUAAGGAUCUCAUCAGCGUAAACCGGUAUGAUGCUGACACAUUGAGGGAUCAUUUUACCUACGCAAAGGCAGAGGGCACGAAAGAUUUUCCCAUGCCACGCCGACCAAGGGGGGUCUUAAAUAAGGAUGGUACGGAUUUCGAAGUUUGGAUCGAGUGGAGAACAAUCGACGACAUUGCCAAAGGGACUCUUCAGGAAAAGGAGUCUAAGUUGCGGACUGCAACCCUUGCCCAGAUGCUCCACAACAAGAAACCAAGGCACCUCUACUCACCAAUCUGUAUUGGAUAUAUCGAUGAUUGUGAAAGACACAAUCGAUAUGGAUGGAUUUUCAAGAUGCCUGAUGGCUCCAAUGAAUGCACCACGCUGAAGACCCUUCACAGCAUGCUUGGUCAAAGCCAACACAAGCCAACUCUGUCUCAACGAAUUUCUCUCGCCUGGAAGCUAGCAUCCUCACUUUUGUACCUGCACACUACCAACUGGUUACACAAGGGAAUCCACAGUGGGAAUGUCAUCUUUUCAUUUGACGGAGACCGAUUCGACCCCGAGAAACCCAUUCUUUCGGGAUUCGAGUAUUCACGCCCACAAAGCAAUAGGACGACUUCUCGCAGUCUCGACCCACAGUGGGAUAUUUAUCGAUAG